CAGAGCGACGCGUGGUCGCCGUUCACGAUCACGGAGGAGGAGAUCGUGGAGCUCCUGAUCACGGUCCCCGACAAAUCCAAGGAGAGGACGCGCUGAACCAGGUUGAUGUGCCGGACAGCCUGAUGAAGCAGCAGCUCGAGACGCUGCUGGCGGGGCAGCCAGUCGACGCGGUGACUGCCUGGCGCGCCACGAGCCGCAAGGAUGUCGACGAGGCCACCGGGAUCACGCAGCUGAUGCUGCCGAACGGCGCCAGGGUCAACUACGCGUGCACGACCAACGAGUCCCAGGGGACCAUGCGGAUCCUCGUGCCCGGAGGGCGCAGCGCCGAGGAGCCGGGCGAGAUUUGCUCGGCCAUGGUGGGCAUCCGGACCGUCUCUGAGUCAGGCGCUGUGAGCGACUUCGCACGUGAUCAGAUCGAGCUCUUCGCCAUCUCCAACGGCAUGAGCGUCCACCUCGAUACACCUCCUCCUACGUGGAUUCCUCUUUCACGCUGGGCGACAACGGCUUGGUGGCCGUCCUCGAGUUGCUGCACCUCCUGUUCACAGAGCCGCGGUGGGAGCUGCCGGCCUUCGUUCGCGCUCAGCAGGCAUACAAGGCGCAGGCGUACUCAGUGGAGAAGUCCAUGGAGAAGAGCACCAUGGAUCGAUUGA